CCUCAGGGCGGUGGCGGGAUUAAGAGACAGAGUGACAGAGAGGGCAAGUGAGCAAGAGUCACAGGACCAAACCCAUACAAACCAUUCCAGGAGGGUCACUUUAACAGAACAAUGCUCCUUAGUAGUAGAGUAGGUUGAACAGGGACGUAACGGGAGUGACUGGGCACCGGUAAUCAUGUGAUCAGACAGGCCAGGAGCACGUUUUGAUUGGUCGGUUUCUCUUGCAGUAGCAGAGAUGAACGCGGUACCCCCUGCAGGAAGUGCCCUGGCGGCCAACACCACAACGGGCCCCACCACCCCCAAGAAGGGACCCCCCAAGUUCAAACAGAGGCAGGCCAGGACCUUCAAGAGUAAGGCCCCCAAGCCUGGACAGAAAGGGUUCGGCGACGACAUCCCAGGCAUGGAGGGUCUCGGAACAGACAUCACGGUGGUCUGCCCCUGGGAGGCCUUCGGCGACAUGGAGCUCAGCGACUUGGCCAAAUACGGCAUCAUCUAACCCCGACGCUCAACCUCUCAACCCAGAUGCGCACAGCGUCUAACCCUGCCGAUACUCACCGUCCAACCCCGAUGGUCCGGGGUCCAACCCUGAUGUCCACCAUCACCCGACCCCGACGCUGCCCUCCUCGUCCUCUAGCCUCCACGUCCUACUCCUCUCCACUACUCUCUCUCCCCUCUCUCUCUCUCUCGUACUCACCCUCUAGUUUCUCUCCUCUGCCCUCCCUCACCCCCC